UAAUUCUAGCUGGUGUCCACUCGCAGUGCGCAGGCGCAGCCCGGGUGACGAAGAUGGUGCUCAUCAAGGAAUACCGUGUAGUGUUGCCAGUCUCUGUGGAAGAGUAUCAAGUAGGGCAGCUGUUCUCUGUGGCCGAGGCCAGCAAGAAUGAGACCGGAGGAGGGGAAGGCAUCGAGGUGCUGAAGAAUGAACCUUAUGAGAAGGACGGGGAGAAGGGACAAUACACACAUAAAAUAUACCAUCUAAAGAGUAAAGUCCCAGGUUAUGUGAAGAUGAUUGCACCAGAGGGAGCGUUAGUUUUUCACGAAAAGGCUUGGAACGCCUACCCGUACUGUCGCACCAUUGUGACGAACGAGUACAUGAAGGACGACUUCAUGAUAAAGAUCGAGACGUGGCACAAACCUGACAUGGGAACAAUAGAAAACGUCCAUGACCUGGACGAGCAGACAUGGAGGACUGUGGAGGUGUCUCCCAUAGAUAUUGCAAACAAAGAAGAAGUGGCCCAAGGGGACUAUAAGCCAGAAGAAGAUCCGGCUCUUUUCCACUCCGCCAAGACGGGCAGAGGACCUCUGGGCCCUGAAUGGAAGAAUGAGCUGAUGACGGACUGUCCUUACAUGUGUGCAUACAAACUGGUCACUGUCAAGUUCAGAUGGUGGGGUCUGCAGACCAAAGUGGAGAACUUCAUCCACAGGCAAGAAAAGCGUAUUUUCACCAACUUCCACCGCCAGCUGUUCUGCUGGAUUGACAGAUGGGUGGGUUUGACCAUGGAGGACAUCAGGCGGAUGGAAGAAGAGACCCAAAAAGAGCUUGAGGAGAUGCGUCAGAAGGGAGACGUGCGAGGCACCUCUGCGACCGACGAGUAGAGGCCCGUCGCUGUAGGUCAAACUCUAGAGGCAGGCUGACUGCGUAAUACAGGUCCGAUUCGAGGCACCAGUGCUGCUCAUGAGCAAUGAGGCAAAUCAACCAAACCCUGUCAUGAUGAUGUCAUCAGAGACACGUCCACCACGUUGAGGAAGUGGCCCUGACGUCCGUCGCCUCCUCUCUUCCUGUCUCCCGCGAUUCUUUGGUGGGGGGGGGGUGUUUGACAAAGAUUGGUUUAACAGUACUGUACAGAUUCUACCCCAAUCACAAGCCUCCUGUUCACAACAGAAAAAAAAACAUGGUUUUUGCAUACAUAAAAAAAGGAAGAAAAACAACAAAAAAAACUCUUUGCACAGAACGUAAAAAAUUGCCUGAUGAUGUAAUUGUUAGUUGAUUAUUACAAUGGGCUUUGUUUUUAUUCAGGUGUGUAAACCGUGACUCAGAAAGUCAAGCCUUUUAAAUUAGAGUGUUUUUAGCUGUACAGGUUCCCAAAACAAUUGGUAUAAGAUGGCUUUAGAAGGUAAAGGACCAUUUAUCUCCCCACCUUCCCCUUGUAUUAUAACUGUCCGUCUCUACUUUUAAUCCUCGUCUCUCCCCUCAGUAUCGUCUGUAUUCUUGUCCUGGUUUAAAAAAAAGAAGAAGAAAAAAAAGUCCAGAUCUCCGCCCCCCAGCGUGUCUGACUGUUUCAUUGGUCUGCCAGGCGGUUGGGAAUGUGUUCAUCUUUCUUUCUUUUCUUUCUGUUUUUUUUUUUUUUUAUAUAGUUUUAAUUUUGAGGCUAACGCCUGUUUCUGGUUCAAAGCGAAAUUGUAAUGCUCAUGCAUGAUAGGUAAUUCUCUGCUAUAGUUUCCCCUGCGCACAUGCACACUUUUCGACAUGCACAUCACCUCCUCCUCCUCCUCCUCUUCCUCCACCUCUUCCUCCACCUUUUGUCACAAGCGCAUGUGACAACAGCAACUUAUUGCAUGUGUUUAGUCGCUGCAAUGCAGCUUUGCUCAAGUGGAUUGUUUGUGUGAAUUGGAAAGAGACCGAGAGAGUGGGUGAGUCUGUACAGUUGCACCUGUGUGUAGCGUGGGCAUUUGUGCGCUUGUUUGUGUUAUCAGCUGCCUUUUGCUCUCGAGACGGAUGGCGUUCAGCUUAAUAUCGAGGCUGUCCCGCGUGGUCUCGGCACACAGCCGGCCUGUUGAUCUCGCCUAACGCUGUCGCUGCAUGUCCUUUUCUCCUUGGCUAGGGCUUGAACUGGAGGGCCCACACGAGCCAAGGUUUUUUUGUUUUUUAAUUAACUAAAAAUAAAUGAGGAUGAGUCUGUGCAUCGCUUCCUCUCUCACCUAACGGAGCAAAUGGGUCCAGGCAGAUCUGUGGUGUUUGUUGCAGUUGUGGAUUGUCGAGCUUUCUGCUUGUAUAGUUUUUUUUAUUUUCACCAUUUUCUUUUCUAAAGUGAUUUAUCUACGUUUUACUCCCAAGGUAGUAUGAGGUCAGUCGGAAGCUUCUAGUUCAGGAGGAUGAAAACGUUUGACCCUUACGGUUUAGGUAAGCGUCGGGUGAUGUAGUACGAGCCUCGAUCUGAAAACAUCUUGAUCCUGCUCUCUUUCCUGCAUCACUUUUCUUUUUUUGGGCUGCUUUGACUUGGAACAGUUUAUCUCAGCAAGCGCUCGGUUUCCCCGCGUUCACUUGGAGCGUAACGCAGGUCCUGUCGGGCUCUAGGUGAAGCGGUUGGGAUGUUUUCUAUGAUCAUGACGUAGCUUAGUGCAGCUGUGAUUGAGACUCUGUGUACUCAGAUCAGGUAUGAGUGUCUCUUAGGUUUUGUCGUAACCUACUGUAUCUGUGCGUGGUGUAUGUUGGACAGGUUAAAAAAAAAAAAAAAAACGUUAUAAGUGUACUUUAUAAUAGGCCCAUUUUAUAGAAAUGGACAAAAACUGUACAUACAAACACUGACUUGAAUGGAAUAUUCACAGCUUGUAAGCGGUGUCAGGUCUAUCGUUCAAUACUGCUAACUUUAAGUAAGUUCUGUUGUCGGGGCGGGUAAUGCCAGCUCUGUGGACGGUGUGCUGGGUGUGUAAGUGGGGUGAACUGUCCACGCGUUGUUGCUCAUAACAUGGUUCAACCGUACCUCAUCCGUGCUUAUGAAUGUACAGCUAGGAGACAGAUGUGUCACACUAUGCAGGAGGGUUCUGAACUGCAGGAACACUGACAUGUUUCACACCUGUACAAGCAUGACAUGGAGCCCUUAUAACUUCAAUAGACGAGGAAGAAAUUUACUGAAAAAAACAACUCCAGAUUUGGAUCUGCAUACUCAACACCUUGUAUUAUUUCCUUUUUUCUUUUGUCUUGAUUAGGGUUGGGCAUCGUUUCGAUUUUAACAAUUCCGACUCCAUGUUCCGAUUCUUCCUUUUGGAUACGGGUUCGUAUCAAUUUAAAAAAAAAAAACAUUUAAUUCAGUUUUACUGGGCUUUUUUACCGUGAAAUAAAGCCACACUUUAGACUCUAAAGCGGCCGCUACACAACGAGCGCCUGGAAGUACAGCGGCCGCUAUGGAAACCAAAACAUGCACAUGUUAAAUCGUAGUUUUGGAAACGAUUCCAAGUUGGAUGCGGUUACCGAUGCCCGGUCCCAGUCUGGCUUGUUCUCUACAUUUGAUCCUUGAUCGUCGGUGCUUUUGAGAAGCUCUCCCAACUGCAUCAGACGGGCAGGGAAGUCCUCGUUCUUCUCAGAAUCAGACCGCAUUCAGCGGGACCUCGGGUUACAAACGAGGAGUGACAAGCCUGACUUGAGUUUGAUGAUGACGGGAGUCGCCCCGUAGACUAGAACAGGCUGCCUAAUGUACCGUGUUGGAGCGUUACCGGCAAUAACAGCCAGGCUGUGAGUGCAAGGGGAAGGGAUCGGAGCGGAGGGAACAGAUGGGAGUCCAAAAUACUGUAUUUUUUUUUUAAUUGUAAUCAUGAAUAAGCACUUGCAAAAUCUGUAUGUUUUUUUUUCUUUUACGUUUUUUUUGAAAGACAAAGAUUCACAAUGUACUCAAUUUUCUCUUUUCUGAUAAGGCAACAUUCAGGGGAAUUAGUAGUGAAUGUAUUACAAUUAGUUUUUGUUUUUUUUGUUUCGUUAUUCACAGCUUCCAUGCUGUGACAGAAGGUCUAGACAAUGGAAGAUAACAGAAUAUCUAAUAAAUUUGAACAAAUAA